AUGCCCAUGGAUUUGAGUAGAAUAGACAAGGUUGUGUUUGGAGCAUUGGCUUGCACGGCAUCCUCUUCAUUGAGUCCCAAUAUAGUUAGGAGAUUGGCUGGGUAGAUCAAGCACUGAUUUGACUCAUUAAUUGACCUUAAAAGCACCUCCGCAUCAAAUGAUAUCACUUGAUAUUUUAAACAGGAUGCGAUAGAGAAUGCAACUUGGACAUUUUCAGCCAGCUUGUUUGAUGAGCCUAGUGUGCUCUAAAGAAUAAUCAGCAAUCGGUGCCAAUCGCCUUGCCUUUUUAAAAAUGUCGAUUAUACGUUCGCACAUUUCUCUUCAGAUCCACAGUAGCGCUUCACAAGUGUGAUAAUUCGGCUUUCGGGAAGUUGAAUUGCUUCAACAAAAGUCGUGGUGGCCACAAGGUUAGCCGAAAGCAGCCACGUGUAGUUAUCGAGACAGCGAAGAAAGCCACUCAGCGAAUCCAAGUUGCAUUCGAAUCUGCGAAGAAAUGGAAAAUUAUGUCGAUCCAAAAUAAAAUAUCAAUCAUACGUUGAUAAGAGAAAACCCGUAUCAGGAAGUAUUUUUGGAAUUAGGUGCAAGUUAGACGCUGAGAUAACUUGCUCCACAAGUUUCUGGAACAAUUUCCCGUUGAGAGGGUCACGACAAGCCAUCAGUAAGGCUUUUAAGCAGGAAGUGACAGAAGCUGCUUCCCAGGAGGUUGGUUUAAGCGAUUCCACUAUGGGUGUGCUUUUGCCAACCCGUGUCAAACGAGGCUGUUUUUCACGGGUUGUCCAGUCUUCAAAUAUCAAACCAUCUGGCGAUUCUUUUAACAAUUCUAUUAGCAAUCCGACUGCUCGUUUUACAGCGGCUGAGGUGGAGCUUUGAUUCGGUGCUGAUAGAAGGGACCGCUUGAAGGUAUCGAUGAGAAGAUAGACAUACCGAAAGCACAUCUCCGGCCGAGCACUUAGGAGAUUGGCUACAGUAUCGGUGAAAACUUGA